AUGGGGAAGGGUAGUGGGGGUGCAUGGUGGGCGUUCCUCCUGCUCGCCGGCGUGCUGCUGGCCGCAACCGCCACGGCCGCCGGCGCGGAAGAAGAAGGCGGAGUGGACAACCCGGACGGCAAGAAGGAGGACCUGCGGUGGUGCAAGAAGGCGUGCGAGUGGCAGUACGGAGAGGACACCCCGCGGAAGCGGGAGUGCGAGAGCCAGUGCCGCAAGCGGCACCAGCAUGCUGACGCUGACGCCGCCGACGAGGAGGAGGAGGAGUACGAGAGCGGCCGCGGCCGUGGUGGCCGCGGCGGCGAGGGCGGCAAGUGCCGGGAGAGGUGCGAGCGCCACCACCGAGGGGACUGGUGGGAGAAGCAGCGCUGCUUGAUGGACUGCAAGAGCCGGGAGCAGGAGGAGGGCGGUAGCGGCGGCCGGCGCCGCGAGGAGGACGACGGCGACCGCUGCCAGUGCCAGAAGAAGUGCGAGCGGCACCACGACCGGGGGAGCAAGCAGCAGUGCGUCGAGGCCUGCGAGCGCCGGCGACAGGAGGGCGGUGGCGGUAGCCGUGACGACGCCGACGUCGACGAGGACAGCGACCGGUGCCAGAAGAGAUGCCAGCACUACAGCGACCGUCAGGCGAGGCGGUGGUGCGUGCAACGCUGCGAGCAUAAGCAACAGGAGGACGCCGACGACGAGGACAGCGACCGGUGCCAGAAGAGAUGCCAGCACUACAGCGACCGGCAGGCGAGGCAGUGGUGCGUGCAACGCUGCCAGCGUCGGGGGCAGGAGGACGCCGCCGACGAGGACAGGUACCCCGGCGAGCGGUGCCAGAAGAGAUGCCAGCACCACAGCGACUGGAUGAAAAAGCUGCGGUGCAUGGAACGGUGCGAGCGCGGGCGACAGGUGGAGGAAGGUGGCGCCCGCGACGACGCCGCCGACGAGGACAACAGCGACCGCGGCGACCGGUGCCAGAAGCAGUGCCAGCACUACCGCGACUGGGACAAGAAGCAGCAGUGCGUGCGCGACUGCCGCCGCGGCCGCCGUGGCUGGGAGACGGUGGCCGCCGGCGCCAUCCUCCAGGUGGUGUGA